AUGGCCAGUCUAAGAGGACCAUCCAGUUUAAUGUCAUUCUCAACUCUAUCCCUGACUGGGUCUUUGAUUUCAGGCCCUUUCGAGGAGGAUGAUAUUGAAAUUGAUGAACCUGUUCAUCAUCUCUCAGCAGUGAUGAUUUCAGAAAAGAAAAGGAGACCGAUAGAGACAGGUUAUUGGAAGGUGGUACUAGUGAUGCCAAGCCACGACAAAGAACUCGUGAAGAAAUCAUUGCUAAAUAUAGAAACAAGGGGGAUGCUGCCUCUGCUGCAGCGGAGGCAAAAGAUAAGCUUCUUGAGCGUCAGGAGAAACUCGAGAGGCUCAGUAAAAACACUCAGGAGCUACAAAGCGGGGCUGAAAACUUUGCGGAUCUCGCAGUGAACAUGGAAAACAAAAGGCAAAUUGUUAAGCGCGUAAAGCCUACAGAGAAUUGUUGAUUGUUCUGUAGUCGUGCAAGAGCAUAAGUUAUAGUUUGACUAAUUUGUUUUUAGGUCA